UUCACUUGGAUUGCAGCCAACUUUGCUCAUUGUCCUGAGGAUGCCAAUGACGAGGUGAUCCUGACUUAUGCUCGAGUGUACAUGUGGUAUGUUAUCUCGAGGACUAUAUUCGCUGACGACACUGGCAAGAAUGCUCAAUGGAUGUGGCUGAAGGCAUUGACUAUUUUCGACAACAAGUUCAGCUGGGGGUCGGCCGCACUGGCCUACUUAUACCCGAGUUGGACGAAGCUUGUCGCAGGUCCACAAAAGACGGCGAAAUUGGUGGUUGUAUGCUCCUACUUUUUGUAUGGAGCUGGGAACGCCUUCCUAUUGGACGCCCUAAACACGCAACGUUCAAGCCCUGGGUUGACCACGGCAACCAUGUACGGCUUCCUACCUGGGCUUACAAGUGGGACGUGGUAUCAGAGGUGACGAGCGAUGUGAAUCUCUUGUACAAGCAAUACACGAACGCGAUGGAUUCGCUUACCGCCGAGCAGCUAAACAUCACAAAGCUGACUCCCUAAAUGUAAUAAAAAAUGAAUUGUGCCUUUUUUGUUGUGGUGUAUGUGGAAUGACAGCCAUAUGGU